AUGGCUGAGAGCCGUGCUGCUUGGAUUUUUGCUCCCAACGCAUAUCCGCUUACCGAAGUUGGUCCCGGGGUAACCCAAUUCACCAAAGGACGGAGAGUAUUGGUAUUUAUUUCCGUGCUGGACGACACAUUGAUAGACCACUGGCUUAGCAACAGACACGGCAGCUUUCCCGUGACGAAGAACCCGGCUCGUCCUACAUCUCAGUUAUUUUCUACGUUGUCUGAAGUGCUCGUUACUGAGAUCCCAGAUUCUCUCAGCUUCGCGCAGGCAGCGGCCCUGCCACUUGCCCUCUCUACAGCUUGUUCUGGUCUAUAUCAUCCGGACUACUUGAGCCUGCCUUUGCCCUCCGCGACGGAUGCCACGCCAACCGGGCUAUCGAUUCUAAUACGGGGUGGUGCGUCUUCCGUCGGUACAGCGGCAAUUCAACUAGUCGUUGCCUCCGGCCUUACCGUCUUCAAUACUGCGUCCCCUCCCAACCAUGAUUUUGUCAAAUCACUCGGUGAUCAUGUCGUCCUUGACUACCGAUCUGCAGCCGUCUCGGGUGACAUUGCAUCUAUGCUGUCGGCAGACGAUAGGUUCAUUGAAGUCUAUGGCGCAAUCGCAGAAGAGAGUGGCUUUACUGCCAUGCGGUCGAUUUUAUAUCGGUUGGGCGUAGCUGUGCACGUUGCCAGCGUGCUACCGUAUGGCGGCCAGCGUACAGGACGAUUCAGUUUUGGAUUUGGUAAGAUCGGAUCGAUUAACGAGCCCAUAAUCGUUUCCAGACUACUGAAAUUCUUAUACUUCAGUUAUGGCAUCUUCAAUUGA